CAUCGCGGACAACGACCCCUUGUAUAAAAGGAAUCUAGUGCCAAUACCUAAAACUGAAGAAUUGCAUUUGCACGUUGGAUAAUUGACAUAUAAGAAUGUCGAAUGAAGCUGUAGGAACGUCUUUUGGGACAUUGGAGUUUGGUGGGCAAAUUGAUCCAGCUCAGGCAGUUGAGUUUGUCAAGUUAUGCAUGGAGGAAGGAUGUUUUGAUUUUGAUACAGCAUAUCUGUAUACUAGAGGAAAAUCAGAGGAAAUAAUGGGUGAUAUUGACUUACUGAAAAAUGAUAAGGUGUUUAUUGCUACAAAAGCAAAUCCAUGGAAUGAGAAAGGAUUACAGUAUGAUUCUGUUAUUACACAACUCAACACGUCGUUAGACAGACUAAAGAGGAAAAGUGUAGACCUUUUCUAUCUGCAUGCUCCAGACCACAAGACUCCCAUUGAAGAAACAUUGAAAGCAGUUGACAAACUUCACAAAGAGGGCAAGUUUAAAGAGUUUGGUUUAUCAAAUUAUGCUGCUUGGGAAGUGGUUGAGAUCUACUACAUGUGUAAGGAAAACAAUUACAUCCUGCCGACUGUGUAUCAAGGAAGGUAUUGCAGUAUCAUAAGAGAUGUAGAAAAGGAGUUGUUACCUUGCUUGAGACGAUUUGGUAUCAGAUUUUAUGCAUACAACCCACUUGUUGGAGGUUUGCUUACCGGUAGAUAUCAGUACAGCGACAAGGAGGAUAAACAACCCUUUGGAAGGUUUUUCGGCGCAACACCGUUUACCAAAGCAUAUCAGGAUAACUUUUGGCAUAAGGCAAUUUUUGAUUUACUGGAUAAAUUAAAAGCCAAAUUGAUCGAAGUGUAUGGCAAAGAUGGUGUUAGCAUGACAGAGGCGGCUAUAGCUUGGUUGUACCAUCAUUCUCAGCUGUCUGGAAAACAUGGAGACAAAGUCGUCCUUGGUGCGUCCAAGUUGAAUCACCUUCAACAGAAUUUAAAGGCAACAAAGAUCGGUCCUCUUCACCAAGAUAUUGUCAAGAUUUUUGACGAAGGAUGGAUUAACAUCAUGAAAGGAAUUUGCCCUUCUUACAAUCGCUAAAAACCUACCAUUAAUAAUAUAUUAUAUUCCUGUCGAUACAAUUUGUAAAAUUAAGAAUAUAAAAGAAUGAAAAUCUUUUUUUAACUCCUAAUUAUUUUUGCUGGUUGAUAAAAAGAGUACAUUACUAGUGUCUGUACAUGUAGUCGUAGACUAUAAUAAACUAUCGAUUUUAAGAUGUACUGAAUAUUAA